CAUCAUGGGGACUAUACGGGACAGACAACCACAUAUGCUGACAUGCCUGGCAAUGCUGAUCACACUAGCAGCAACACAAACAGUGAUUCCAACAUCGGUUUCUGUCCUCCCCACAACACCUUUGAUGACCCAAUUGUCAGGGGUGAACUCUUCUUACCUCGACAUGGUUUGCAGUACAUGGGGCAACUACCACUUCAAGACCUUUGAUGGGGACAUGUUCCAACUGCCCUCCACCUGCAACCACAUCCUGACGUCUCACUGCCGCAGCAGCAGCAACUAUGAGGACUUUAACAUCCAGAUGAGGAGACAGGUGGUGAACAACAUACCCACCAUCAGCAAGAUCACCAUGAUGCUGGACGGCACCACAGUGGAGAUCUCUAAGGACUCUGUCCUGGUCAACGGCAAAACGGUGGUUGUGCCAUAUGUCUACUCUGGAGUGUCAAUCAAAAACAUGGGCUCCAUCACAGUCCAGUCCAAACUGGGGUUGUUGCUCAUAUGGAACUUGGAAGAUUCACUACGGAUCGAAAUGAACCCGAAAUUCCACAAUCAGACAUGUGGGCUCUGUGGCGAUUUCAAUGGAGUCGAGACAUAUGACGAGUUCAUCAAGAAUGGUGUGAAGCAAUCUGUGUCGUCCUACGGGGAGCAGUGGAAACUAGACGAUCCCUUGGAAACUUGUUAUGAACCUGUAAUCAAUGCUGAAGAGAGCUGUGGAGAUGUGGCCUUUUGUGAGUCGCUUUUCAAGACCCCAGUGUUUGCAGACUGUGCCAACCGCUUGGACUUUGAUUCCUUCGUCAAAGCCUGCAUGGCAGACAUGUGCCACUGUGACAACAACACCUCCUUCUGCCUAUGUGACACAAUUUCGGAGUUUUCCCGUGAGUGUGUCCAUGCAGGAGGUACACCCAUGCAGUGGAGAACAGACCAGUUCUGUGGAAAGACAUGUCCCUACAACAUGGUGUACCAGGAAUGUGGCAGCCCCUGCGCUGACUCCUGUUCCAACCCCCAGAGCAGUCAGCUAUGUAACAGUCACUGCACCGACGGAUGCUUCUGCCCUCCAGGUUCUGUCUUUGACGACGUUAAUAAGACAGGCUGUAUCCCAGUACGUGAGUGUCCUUGCUUGCACAAUGGACAAACAUACGGCACAGGAGAAUCCUACUCAACCAAAUGUAAAGACUGCAUGUGUUCCGGUGGUCAGUGGAGCUGCCAGCAGAAGGACUGUCCAGGGACGUGCUCUGUGGAGGGAGGGUCUCACAUCAACACCUUCGAUGGGAAACUCUACACCUUCCAUGGAGCCUGCUCUUACGUGCUGGCUAAGGAAUGUAAUGGGUCCCAGUUCAGAGUGCUGGGAGAUCUGGUGAAGUGUGGCUUGUCAGACACAGAGACCUGCCUCAGAUCCAUCACCCUGGCUCUGGGUAGCCCACCAACAGUGAUCAAAGUCCAGUCCAGUGGGAAUGUCUUAGCCAAUCAGAUUCUCACGCAACUUCCUCUUUACACCGCGGAUGUGAGCAUCUUCCAGCCCUCCUCCUUCUUCAUCUUCAUCCAGACCUCCGCGGGUCUGCAGCUGGAGGUGCAGCUCGUUCCCAACAUGCAGCUCUACAUCACCGCCAGCCCCGCCCUCAAGGGCUCAACAUGCGGUCUGUGUGGGAACUUCAAUGACAUCCUUGCUGAUGACUUCAAGGUGAUGAGUGGACUAGUGGAGGCCACCCCUGUGGCCUUUGCUAACACGUGGAAGACCAUGGCCAGCUGUCCUGAUGUCAGUACCUCCUUCUCAAAUCCCUGCAAUCUGGGAUUGGAAAACGAGAAAUAUGCCACGUUCUGGUGCACCAAGCUGACAGUUCCACAAGGGGCGUUCUCUUCCUGCCACUCCGUGAUCAACCCAGAGACCUACAAAGAUAACUGCAUGUAUGACAGCUGUAACUGUGAGAGGAGUGAGGACUGCAUGUGUGCUGCUGUCUCUUCAUACGUCCACGCCUGUGCUGCUGCGGGGAUCAUGCUCGAUGGCUGGAGGGACGGCAUCUGCUCCAAGUACAACUCGUCCUGCGCCCCUGGGACGGUCUACAGCUACAACAUGGUCAGCUGUGGGCGGACCUGCCGCUCCCUCAGCCAAACUGACCGCAGUUGCGGCCAGGACUUCACCUCGGUGGACGGCUGUGGCUGCCUCCAGGGCACCUACCUAAACCAGGCAGGCCAGUGUGUGGAGGCCAGCAGCUGCCCCUGCUACGACAAGGACACCAUCAUCCCAGCAGGACAGAGCACCAGCAAGGAUGGGGCCAGCUGUGUUUGUAAAGACGGAGCGCUGAGCUGUGGAGGGAAACUGGAAGCGCAAACAGGCUGCAUUGCUCCCAUGGUUUACUUCAACUGUUCCAACGAACCACUUGGAGCCGCAGGAAUUGAGUGUGCGAAGAGCUGUGAGACCUUGGACAUGUUCUGUAUCAGUACAGAUUGCACAUCAGGCUGUAUGUGUCCCACGGGCCUGGUGGCUGAUGGAAAAGGUGGCUGCAUCCUGGAGGACAACUGUCCCUGUGUCCACAAUGGAGCUAUAUACCAGCCUGGUCAAACUCUUAAAGAAAAGUGUAACACCUGCACAUGCAAGGCCAGGAAAUGGGAGUGCACUACAAAGGAGUGUGAUCAAGUAUGUUCCAUGUACGGCGAUGGAAAUUAUAUAAGCUUUGACAAUGUACGGUACACCUUCAAUGGAGGAUGUGAAUACACUCUGCUACAGAACUCCUGCAGUGGCAAUCUCACCUCAAACAGCUUCAGAAUUAACACAGAAAAUGUGCCCUGUGGUACCACAGGGACCACCUGCUCUAAAAACAUCAAGCUCUACAUGGGGGCUAAUGAACUGCUGCUGACCGACGAUGGGUACCAGGUCAUUCGAGAAAAUGGAGGAUCAUUUCCCCAGCAAAUAAGCAAGAUGGGAAUUUAUUUGGUCAUUGAGGUGCAGCCUGGACUCAUCCUGAUGUGGGACACAAAGACAAGCUUGUUCAUCAAAAUAAGCCCAGUGUUUCAGGGACAGGUCUGCGGUCUGUGUGGUAACUACGAUGGCAAUGGACAGAACGACUUUACCACUAGGAAUCAAGAGACAGUGGUGGACCCACUGGACUUUGGCAACAGCUGGAAGAACAACCCCACCUGCCCUAACGCUGUGGCCAGCAAACCGGCCUGUACCACCAACCCCUACAGACAAGCUUGGUCUUUAAAGAAGUGCAGUAUCCUCCAGAGUCAAGUCUUCCAAGCAUGUCACUCUCAGGUGGAUCCAACUCCAUAUUAUGAAGCUUGCGUAAGAGACUCGUGUGCUUGUGACAGUGGAGGAGACUGUCAAUGUUUCUGUACCGCUGUGGCUGCUUAUGCUGAGGCCUGCAACGAAGCUGGAGCGUGUGUGUCCUGGAGAACCCCACAGAUAUGCCCCUUGUUUUGCGACUAUUACAACUCUCCUGAUGGAUGUGAGUGGCACUACAAGCCAUGUGGAGCUCCCUGUAUGAAGACCUGCAGGAACCCCUCUGGAAACUGCUCCAGCCUCAUCCCUGCUCUGGAGGGUUGCUAUCCCAGUUGCCCACCUUCAAAACCCUACUUCAACCAGGAUAGUAUGACAUGUGUGCCUCUUGACCAGUGUGGCUGUUAUGACUACCAGGGAAACCAUUACAGCAAUGGAGGCCGAGUUCCAACAUUAGAAAAAAACUGUUACACUUGCUACUGUAUGAUGAGUGGAGUAAGCUGCAGCUACGAUGUUAAUGCUUGUACAUGUCUGUACAAUGGUAAAACCUACCCAUAUGGAUCGACAAUCUACAAUACCACGGAUGGCUUUGGGAACUGCAUCGAAGCUGUUUGUGGAGUCAAUGGGGAAAUUACAAGGAACUUGUACCCUUGUCAGACAACAACUGCACCACCAAGGUCAACCACUCCGGUGACCAUAACCACUGCAAGCUCCACAACUACAGUGUCCACUACCUUGAGACCCACAACUGUCUUUACAUUCUCAACACCUGAGAUUACAACAACUGAGGCCAUUGUAUCAACAUCAACAGUGCCUCCUAAAGUAGAGACCACAGGCCCUACAACAACAGCUACAACUGUUGUGGUUGAGACUUCAUCUACAGAACAGCCCUCAACAGCAGGAACAACUACCAUCGUAGUUGAAACUACAACACAGGCAGAGACCACAACUGAGGCCAUUGUAUCAACAUCAACAGUGCCUCCUAAAGUAGAGACCACAGGCCCUACAACAACAGCUACAACUGUGGUGGUUGAGACUUCAUCUACAGAACAGCCCUCAACAGCAGGUCCAUCAACAACUGGAGAGUUUGUCUCUACUGCUGAACCAACUACAGUUACUACAACGACCAGUGUACCAUCUACAUCUAUUUUGGGAACAACUACCAUCGUAGUUGAAACUACAACACAGGCAGAAACAACAACUGAGGCCAUUGUAUCAACAUCAACAGUGCCUCCUAAAGUAGAGACCACAGGCCCUACAACAACAGCUACAACUGAGGUGGUUGAGACUGGACCAACAGCCUCAACAGCCCAACAGCUUAUUUCAACAGCCCAACAGCUUAUUUCAACAGCCCAACCAACAACUUCAAUUGGACCUAUAACGCAAACCCUGCCUCAUAUUACAGGAACACUACCAACAAUUUCCCCAACACCUGCAGAAACCACCACUGAGGCUAUUGUAUCAACAUCAACAGUGCCUCCUAAAGUAGAGACCACAGGCCCUACAACAACAGCUACAACUGUUGUGGUUGAGACUUCAUCUACAGAACAGCCCUCUACAGCAAGCAGUGUCUCAACCAGUACAGCUGCACAAACCACAACCAACUGCUUCUGCACCGCACCUGACGGUCAAAUAUAUCAACAAGGUGACCUGGUGUAUAAUGUAACUGAUGAAGCAGGUUGGUGCUACACCGCUCACUGCAACUCUUCCUGCCAAGUGGAAGUCAAAUCAACUCCAUGUCCUUCCACUGCUCCACCCACGUCAACUACUACUCAGUACAGUACAUCAUCUGAGACCCUGCCUACAACCUCAUCAGAAGCUACACCAACAUCCUCAGCCAGCAGUACGCCUUUAAGUACUUUUGACUGCUCCAAGUUGCAGCCACCAAGAAAGGAAGGAGACGUUUGGGAGGUGAACAAAUGUACCUCGGCAACUUGCGUCGGUGGCAAGGUUAUUGAGUUACCAGUUUCUUGCCCACCAGUGACACCCCCAAGCUGUGAGAAUGGGCGGCCACCUGUCAAAGUUUUUGAUGCAGCAGGAUGUUGCUAUCAAUAUGAAUGUGAAUGUGUCUGCAGUGUGUGGGGAGAAAGCCACUACCUUACAUUUGAUGGACAAACCUACAACUUCCAACAAAACUGCUCCUACUAUCUGGUCAAGGAGAUCCUCCCUAAAUACAACCUGAGCAUUGUUGUUGAUAACAACUACUGUGCAGCAUCUGGCAGCUCCUUCUGUCCUCAGUCCCUGAUCAUCUCUUACCAGUCCUCCCAGAUUGUCAUGACACAGCUGAACACAAUCACCAAUGUGGCUUAUGUAAACCAGAAGAGAGUCUACCCACCCUACUCUAAAGACGGCCUUGAACUGACCAGUACUGGCAUGGAGCUGACCCUGAGCAUCCCUGCGAUCCUUACCCAGGUGGUCUACAAGGGCUCUUCCUUCAGCAUCAACCUGCCUUACUCCCUCUUCCAUGGCAACACAGAGGGACAGUGUGGUACAUGUGACAACUCCAAGGAUAACGACUGCCGAUCACCUAACGGACAGAUGCAAAACUGUGGCACCUCUGCUCCUGAGUGGCAAGUCAGCGGCAAAGACUGUCUUACACCUCCCACAACUGUGCCUCCUACUACAUCCGCUUCAUCCAGCUCCAGCUCUAGCCCAGCGUCCACCCCGGCUCCUUGCAGACCAGCCAUCUGUGACAUCAUGAACAGCAAUGUGUUUAAAGCGUGCCACACAUCUGUGCCCCCAAACGCCUUCGUUGAGGCAUGUCGCUCGGAUUUGUGCAGUGGGGCAAACAACAGCUGUUCCAGCUUGGAGGCCUACGCCUCUGAAUGUUCCAAGGCUGGCAUCUGCAUCGACUGGAGGAACGCCACCAACGGACAGUGUGAUCAUAUCUGCCCCAACCCUAAAGUUUACAUGCCGUGUGGUCCAGUAGUUCAACCAACCUGUAGCAGCGGGUUGCUGCUCCAGUCCACAAACGCCUCUUCCGCGACCACGGAAGGUUGCUUCUGCCCAUCUGGAACUAUCCUCUUCAGUAGCUACUCUGACACUUGCGUCCCCUCCUGUGAUUGCACUGGUCCUGAUGGCCAACCUAAGCAGUAUGGUGAAACGUGGACGAGUGGCUGUAAUCAGUGCACAUGUGACAAGGGAUCCAUGAGUGUUCAAUGCCAGCCAAUCCCGUGCCCCCCAACCACCAACAUCACCUGCUCAGAGCCUGGAUUUAAACUGGUCACUAAGACAGUUGACUGCUGCCUGAAUUCGACAUGUGAGUGUGACAUCUUGCUGUGCCCUGCUUCCACGGUGGUCUGCAAACCAGGAUUUGAGCCUGUCAUCUCUACUGACACCACCUGCUGUCCUACCACCCAGUGUGUUCCCAAGGGUGUGUGUGUCUACAACAACGUAGAGUACAAGCCAGGUUCCAAGGUGCCUAGUGUAUCAUGUGAGGAGUGUACCUGUGGCUCUACCGUGGAUCCCAUGACCCAGUUGAACAAUAUCGCCUGUACCCCCAUUACAUGCCAAACCAACUGUUCUCAGGGCUAUGAAUACCAGACUGUGGUUGGUCAGUGUUGCGGGAAAUGUGUUCAGACCAGCUGUGUGGUCAUGCUCUCCGACAACACCACACACAUUGUUCAGCUGAACGAGACAUGGUCGCCCCCUAAUGAUAAAUGUUUGAAGUACACAUGUGAGAUCAACAACGGCCAAUACGUUCCCAAGAUGACGGAAACAUUGUGUCCUGCCUUCACCCCAGAGAACUGUAUCCCAGGCACAGAGACCACUGAUGCUAACGGUUGCUGUAGAACCUGCACACCCCGCAGUGUGUGUGAGGUUCAGACAAGCUCCGCCCAUCUGGUGAUGAAGGGCUGUAACUCCACCCUGCCUGUGGAGAUCACUUCCUGUGCUGGAGCCUGUCAAACAUCGUCCAUCUACUCUAUGGAAGCCAACAUGGUGAUGCACCAGUGCUCCUGUUGCCAGGAGGCCAGCACCAGUCAGAGGCAGGCGGAGCUGAAGUGUGGGGAUGGGUCCAUGGUCACACACACGUACAUCCACAUCAACACCUGCUCCUGCCACGUCACAGACUGCCAGCAGGGGGCGACGGCCGCCCCAACAUCCUCAAAGCAGCGCCGGAGGAGACGUUGAGGACCAAUUUGUGACUUUUGACCUUUUACUUCCCUGACCAAGUGUUUAUUUAAAUUGAUCCAAAUUUCAACAUCUUCGCAGAAGUUUUUCUGGUAUAAACUAGUCUUAUACCAUCUACAUUAAAGUAUGUAGGAUAUAUUGUCUUAAUAUUGUAGUAUAGAAUUGUAGGCUUGAAUAAAUAAUAGCAACAUAAA